UCCGCUAUAUGCAGUGAAACAGACAAUAAUGUUACGGCUGUGUCUCCAGAAUCAGCUACUGCAGUCUUAGCAACUAUCAACCUUAACAAGGCAGUUCAGUCCGAGAGCAGCAUCUCCCCCUCUGCGAAUAAACUCAGUGAGUUGCGCACUUGUAAGCCGAGAAUCAUCAGUGGUGAGAGCAAUCGGAACAUAAGCAAAACCCCAUCAAAAAUGGUCAAGGCUGUCAGGAUUUAUGAACUUGGCGGACCCGAGGUUCUGAAGUGGGAGGAUGUGGAGAUUGGGGGGCCAGGGGAGGGUGAGAUACGUGUAAGAAACAAAGCUAUUGGGCUCAAUUUCAUCGAUACAUACUUCCGCAAGGGUGUUUAUAAGGUUCCCCUGCCCUUCACCCCAGGCGUGGAGGCUGUUGGGGAGGUGAUAGCUGUGGGCCCUGGAUUGACUGGAAGAAAAGUUGGAGAUCUUGUAGCCUAUGCUAGCAAGGCAAUGGGCUCAUAUGCUGAAGAGCUUAUCCUCCCUGCAAACAAAGUUGUGCAUGUUCCUGCAUCUAUUGAUCCUCUUGUUGCAGCAUCUGUCCUGCUUAAGGGUAUGACAGCUCAGUUUCUCCUUCGCCGUUGCUUCAAGGUCGAAAAAGGGCACACAAUCCUUGUUCAGGCGGCAGCAGGUGGAGUUGGGUCUUUAUUAUGCCAGUGGGCAAAUGCCCUAGGUGCCACAGUCAUUGGAACUGUCUCAACCAAAGAGAAGGCAGUUCAAGCCAAGGAUGACGGAUGUCACCAUGUUAUAAUCUAUAAAGAUGAGGAUUUUGUUACCCGUGUCAACGAGAUAACAUCUGGAAAUGGGGUUGAUGUGGUUUAUGAUUCUGUAGGAAAAGACAUCUUUCAGGGUUCCUUGGAAUGCUUAAAGCUACGCGGGUACAUGGUGAGCUUCGGUCAGUCAUCAGGGACACCAAAUCCAGUUCCACUGUCGGCGCUUGCAGUAAAAUCCCUGUUCAUGACUAGGCCUGAGCUCUGGGACUACACUAAAACUCGGGAUGAGUUGCUGGAAACUGCUGGAGAGGUGUUUGCUAAUAUCUCGUCAGGGGUUUUGAAGGUUCGUGUAAAUCAUACCUACCCUUUGUCUCAGGCUGCACAGGCUCAUGCGGAUGUCGAGAGUCGCAAAACAUCUGGCUCAGUUGUAUUGAUACCAUAAUUUAUAUUUUAUAGCCAUCGUCAAGAAGUCCUAAAUCCCUACCUUGUAAUGCUAGGCGUGCAGCUGCUUUCAUGACUUUCAAACCUUUGUUUGAAUAAUGUCAUCGAGGGAUGUGUUUGGUUGGUCGUCUAAUGUAUCUUCCAUGAUUUCAUGACAAUAAUAACCUUUUUAUCUUACUAUA